AAGAACAAUUAUAAAAUGUAUCUUUUUGUCUUUUUGGUCGAAGUGUAUUCUAUAAGAUGCUCUAGUGCUCCUCUCUUCACCUCCCCUUUUUGCUUUCUUUGAACAUACAAAGACAGAAAGAGAACUUAUGGAAGAAAUGUCAUCUUUUUGGAGUCAUCAAGAGAGCAGUGAUGAACUAAAGCUCAAGAUUCACUACACUACACUUGAACUGGAGGCAGUAAGAGCAAAAGCAAAUGAAGAAAUGAAUAAGAACACUGAAUCAGUUAAACAAUUGUUACACCUCUUAAAACUUGUUUGUCAUGAAAGAGAUGAAGCAAGAGAUCAAAUACAGAAACUACUUAACAAGAAUAUGACUCCUAUAAACAAAUCCAUGAUCAGGGAUUGCUUUAUGAUUGAUCAACUUCAUCAACAUCAUCAAUACCCUAUAAUAAAACCCGCAACCAACUCAAGUAUAGCAGAAUCAAAUAGUCUCUCUGAUCAUGCAUAUAACCAUUGUUCGCCUGUCAAUUCACUUUUUGAUCCAGUAACAUCUCCUGAGCUCUCUAACAUCAACACAAACAAUUCUUUUGUUCAAGACUACCGCAUGUUACCCAACGAUUUUCGUGCAAUGCAUAGCCCACGAAUAAUGAAUAAUGAAACUUUGAUGCUGGAGAAUAUGAUCAAAGGAAAAGCCUUGCCACAAAAAGGAAAUUUACUAAAAUCUGUUGUGGAAGCUGGACCUCUUUUGCAAACACUAUUAGCGAAAAAUUCGUCGUCACCGCGGUAUUUUGAGAUGUCUUCCGGUGGUUUUUCUCAAAUGAUUAGUGGUGGGGGUGGUGGAAGUAUGUUGAGUUUUAAUGACAUGAAAUCUAGCAACUAUCAAGGGAGGAUGGUAGGAAGUUGUCCUAUGGCUAAUAACUUUGGCCCGGUUGAAAAGAGGCAACGGUUUCGAUAAGACAAUGAAAAAGUUUGUUUUUCUCUUUCCCUUUUUGCACUUUUUUUCUCUUUUUGUAAAGGAGUUUGAUGGGUUUUGACGAUGAUGGGUGUACAUGAUGAAUGACAAUUUUAGGGUUUUGAAUUGAAUUACAAAGUGGUUUUAUA